GCAGUGUUUGUAAACAGACACACGUUGCCGUCGCGAACUGUUACGGACGAUCGCCAUCGCGAGAGCGAGCUACCCCGCGAGCGCUUAUCGUUUCCGUGCAUCGACGCGCGUGGUGCACGACGCCAUGGAGGUGGAGCCGAUGUGCAUCGUGGAGAACGAGACGGAGGGAUCUCGCGGUGAUCGGAAAGAGGGGGGCAAGAGGGGACGCAAGCCUGGAAGGAAGGCGGCGGACAAGGCGGACAUGAAAGCUAAGCUCGAACGAAGCCGGCAGAGUGCGAGGGAGUGCCGUGCUCGCAAGAAGCUGAGGUAUCAGUACCUGGAGGAGCUCGUGGCCGACCGUGAAAAGGCGGUGCUUGCUUUGCGAAAGGAGCUCGAGAUGUAUCGUCAGUGGACUCAGGAAUUGGAUGCCGGACAAGUCCCCGAAGGACUGCAGGCGAUGCUGGAGGAACUCGGUUCGCUGAAGCGGGAACAACCCAACAGCAACUAAGUGUGACCAAGGAGCCGAGGAAUAAGAAAGUCACGUGGAUCGAGCCUUGUUCAUCUUGUUCCUCCGAUCGAAACCCCCCCCCCCCCUCCGUAGUUGAGCUUUCUUUUCGUCUUUUAUCUCUCUUCCUUUUCAUAGUUCUUUGCGAGACAAUAGGGAAUAAUUGGUUGGUAAAUUUGAAAUUUAAUUUUUCACGUUUUUGUGCUUUUAUAUCGCGACCUCCCGCGAAAAAGGAUCUUUUGAAUCUUUUUAAGAUUUGUUUCUUUUUUUAGGAAUACGUUUCUUAUGUGAUUAGCGAAAUUUUUCCCAUUUUUCUUCUCGAUCCUUCCUCAAACGGCAGGAUCGUUGUCCCAAUUAUCUUGUUACCUCAUGCGUUACUUUUUUGUACGUACGUUUUGUAUGUUGCGACUCGUUACGUUAACACAUAUUUUUUAUUCUUGUUGAUUAAGGACAUCGGUCGAUUAUCUACGGCCUCACGCUUGGAAUGUACCUCCCUCGCAUAAUUGUUGCGAUGUAAGAAAGUAAUUAGAUAUAUCACUGUUACAUCUCGAAGAGAAAAACGGUCGUUGUAUGUCAAAGUCUAUGUUCAGUAUUGUCUGUUUGAAGAACGUCGUUGCGGGAUCUCCUCAUUGACCGUUUACCGAUUCGUUUGAAACUUUACCGAUACGCGGUAUUGUACCGCAAACAAAUCAUCAUUUUGUACAAAUUAGCGCCAACGUUAAUUGCAAACGUUAAUUUAUAUAUGUGUACGGAAGAGUCUGAUAGUCAAAUAAAACCAAUAUUUUUCGAUGAAA